UCUACGUAUGCAGCCUCGUGAGGACACAGCCGCUGCAUUGGGAAGUUAGCUUAGCAAGUGAAAGUUGUAGGUGAGUGAAUGGAAUUUGGUUCAAACUUAUUUAAACAAAUACGUAAUCAUACCCAGCGCGACUGCAACACCCUGCGUUUUCUUAACGUCAGCUAAGAGAAGCAACAGCGAACGCGUUAAUAACACGUGAAUGUGGUUCGGCUACUGAGCUAAAGUGGCUAACGUUACUUCACGUGUGUUUUGCUAAGCGGUGCCACCGUAGUCCGAACUCGUUGUGGUUUAGAUAGUGUUCGUACGUGUAGUUGCGUUCCGUAAAUCCCCUCAAAGCUCCUCGCAUGGCCGGCUGCAGGAUGAAGCUGGAGCUGUCCCGUGUAGUCCAGGGAAGAGGUCGACUGGGGGUCCUGAAGGAGCUUGGCAAGACGGGGCAGCACUCUCUGGAGGUCCCGGGAUGCCUGCUGCACACACACCUGGGCGCAGUGCCCCACCUGACCCGGGACACCCUGCACACCCUGAGCAACCUCCCCUCUGUCACGCAGGUCACCCUGUCCAACAUAGCAGAGCAUCAGGAAGUAUUGGAGGAGUUCAAGGAUGGAUUCAGGAGGUUUGCAGGUCUUCACAAUACCGUGUUGUACUGCUCGCUGCACGACCCUGCGACUCCCUGCCCAACGGGUUACAACACUACCAAGACGGUGUCCGUGUGGGGCAGCGGUGGGCGGAUAGAGCUGACCGUGGCCAAGUUCAUGGCUCUCCAGAAGACCGUGCAGCCGGACUGGUACCAGAGCAUGGCCGAUGGAGAGACGUGGCAGAGCGGCACGUCGCGCAAAAGGGUUCGGAAGUCGGUGGACCGAACUCUCGCCCACUUAGAUGAGUGUCUGCUGGUUCACCAAAACUCCCAGGAGUUGGAGGGGGUGGAGGUUUUUGGGGUCGUGGAGGGAGGAGACAUCCUGGAGGAGCGGGUGCGCUCUGGCAGGGAGACCGCCAAGAGGCCCGUGGCUGGAUUCUGCCUAGACGGCCUACAGACGGGUUCCAUGGAUCAGGCCCUGAGGACCCAGCUCAUCACUGCUGUGACCAAGGAGCUGCCUGAGGACAAACCCAGGCUGCUGCAGGGCGUCGGACGGCCGGACGAGGUGCUGGCGUGUGUGGAGGCCGGUGUGGACCUGUUCGAGAGUUUCUUCCCCUUCCAGGCGACGGAGCGAGGCUGCGCUCUCUGCUUCGGCUUCGACGUCUCCUCGGACCCGGAGCUCGCAGGUAGAGCGCCCCCUGCAGCCGGAGUGAAGUUCGGUACCCGGCAGCAUCCGGUGUCAGGCGGCGUUCGCCGACUCUGCGCCGGCAGUCUGGUGGAGUUCAGCGGAGUGGUGGAGCUGGCCGAAGAGAAGACCGCGUCAGGAGAGACCCGACAGAACGGAGACUCAAACCCUGCCGAUCAAUCGCGGAUGACGUCCUUUGAAAUUGAUCUCAAAGACAAGAGGCACAGAGAUGACUUCAGGCCGCUGGUCGAGGGGUGUGGCUGCUACUGCUGCGUGAACCACCAGAGGGCGUACCUGCACCACCUGCUGGUGACCAAUGAGCUGCUGGCCGGAGUGUUGCUCAUGAUCCACAACACGGCCCACUACCAUGCCUUCUUCAGGGCCCUGAGAGAAGCUCUGGCUAAUGAUAAACUGGACGUCCUUAAGAGACGAGUACUCGGGGAGGGAGGCGGGCAGACAGAACGAAAUGAAUGACUGAUAAAUCCCACUGAUAGAAGGAUUGAUCCUUAUUCUCCUCGUCCUCCUCUACGAUCACUGGACUCACUCAAAGCUCUGCCUUUCUGCUGCAGAGGAGUCCCUCCACAUGCCUCUGAAGUUACGCUCCCUGAAGCAGAUGCUUUUAAUGCAGGAGGAUGAAAGGACACCAUAUAGGCGACCAUUUGAUGUGUGUCCCUCGGCGGUGCGUCGUGGUUUCACGCUGUAACGGACCUGCUUAAUCUGGUGUAUUGAUCAUAGCCGGGAGAAGUCAAAGCGAGGUGGGCGUGAGAGGAGCUGGAUCAGGGGGACUUUGCAUAAAGGGAGGAAUGUGAGGACGUAUGGCGGUGUACCAUCGACAGUGACUGAAUACCUUUGAGCUCCUCUGGACGAGUGUUGGCCAGAGGGAGAAUCGACUCGGGUGAACCGUUACUUUCAUUUCUCCUGUUAUGCGUUAAAACAUCACCUGUAUAAAAGUUCCCCCAAAGCUUUUUUGUCGAGUCAGACUUUUUAAAAAUCAUUUGCUCGAAUAUCUAAAAUGUAUUUCGCUAUCUGCGUCCGUCAAAUCCACUGAAUAAUCGGCACAUGUGAUGAGAUUGGGUGUGGGUUUCGGGAGGUUACCUGAAGGUUUACUGCACCAUCGUUCCUGCUGCUGAGAAUGGAUGAAAUUCAGGGGUGGAGAUGGGUCUCUACAGCCCACCGUGCAGACGUGCAGGGAGGCCUUUUUGAAGGUGAGGAGGUAUAAUUGACUACUAUUCCACCAGAUGUCUGUGGGGGACGGACCGGGCUGGAGGAGAGUGUGACGGAUUAAUGGAACAGUGGCGAGCCCAUUUUGUCGCACUUUUGGGUUACUUUUACUCCAAAGUGCAUUCUAGAGUAGUAGCUUGAAGGAUUUUCUGUCAUCGCUAAGUGGACAAAGUGCACGAAUGAAGAAAUAUAAAACGUAUUUGGAAUGAAAGUAGGUAAUUUAUGCCUGUGGGCGAAAUAAGUAGAAAACUAAAGUGUGGAGAAACUUGUGAUGCCAUGUUAGCCAGUAAGAAUAGAAGUAGUAAAUGGAUAAUUCCGUCCUCUCGCUGAUAACUGCUGUUCAUAGUUUAGUCGGGAACCCUCAGUGGAGGUGUUCAGCAGCUAAUGAUGUUUCCAUGUGGGAUUUGUAUUAAAGCCGCUCGGUAAAUCCACCCUUGGUAAAUAUAUGCACUUGUUAGAACAGGGUUUCAGUCUGAGCCCCUUAGAAGAUAUUUUUGAAUCAAGCUGCUUCUAAUAAGUCUUGACUAAUGCAUUCUAAUUUAUUAUUCAUUUUGAUGUAUUAUGGGGGUCUUGAGAUGAAUCCGUCUCUUAAGCGGGAACAUGUCCCACUAUGUCCAGCAGCUCUCCAGCUCCUGAGCAGGUAUGCGUCUGCAGUCAUCCAACCUUUUUUAUUGAAAGAAUUUGGCAGCUGUGGCUGGAAAUAAAAAGGUACUAAAAUGCUCCA